GGAUCUUAUUAUUAUACUACUGUGUACCCGUGCCUGGUCCUUACUCCGUGGUGUUGUUCUCCUGUCCUCUCCCAUCACUGCCAUGCCCUAAUCAUGGCCUCUUUCAAGCCACACAUUGCUCCCUUGAAGGUCGUCAAGGGUCUCUCUCUAUCCACUGCGAAUCUCUCUCACUCCUCCCAGAUCACUCCUCCGCCCACGCCGAUGGAGCCCUCGCCAUACGUCUUCCACAACUAUCUGCGCGCCUUCGAUCCCUUCCACCCCUCGAGCGACGUCUCCCCAGACACCGUCACUCUGCCGCUGGAACAGGGCGACAUCAUCCUCGUUCACUCCGUCCACACCAACGGCUGGGCCGAUGGCACGCUGCUCGACACGGCCGCCCGCGGCUGGCUGCCCACCAACUACUGCGAGGCCUACGACCAGCUGCCCAUGCAGCCCUUGCUCCAGGCCCUCACCGAUUUCUGGGAUAUCAUCCGCGGGGGGAACCCUUCUACGUAUUUCGGCAAUCAGGACCUGGUGCGCGGCUUGAUCGCCGGCGUCCGCUUUCUUUUGGAAAAAUCAGAGUGUCUCACGCGAGACUCCCCCUUGAUGCAGCGCUAUGCCAGCCUCCGAAGGACCCGAAAGGCUCUGCUUAUGGACCUCUCGUCGUUGGUCAACACCGCCAAGAAGUUCCACGAGGAUGCCAGCAACGACGUGCCCCUGGCCGAUGACGACCUGGAAUACACCCUGGACAGCAUGCUGCUCAAGGCGUUCAAGAUCGUCACGCGCGGUGUCCGGUUCCUCGACGUCUGGAACGAGGAAGUCGGGCUGAGUAGGACCAUCGCCGCCCUGGAACACUGCGGUGCAUACGAGGCCCCCCUGACGCCUCUCUCGGAGACACCUGCCACCACCAUCCAGUCCGCCGUCUCACCGGACGAGCGCAAUGAAUCGAGACUGCUGCACAGCCGGUUGGAUACCAGUCGCGCUUCUAUGCGGACCGACCCCCUCGACAACAACAGCCAGCCAUCCCGCUCCGUCUCCGUCCAGACGAAGCGCAUUUCCACCUCGCACCGAGUCUCCUGUUCAGGGCCGUCGGGCGCCGCUCGAAACCACAACCUAGCCUCCGAGCAGCUGAACAGCGCCUACGACGCCUUUCUCGGGGUCCUCGGCUCCUUUAUCGGUCUGCACAUGCAUCCGCGCUCCUCCACAGAACUCACCGUCACCACGCAAAUGUCCGUCCAGUCCUGCCGCGCCCUGAUCCUCGUCGUCCAGGCCGUCUGCGACCGCGAUUUCCAACAGCACUGCGAACACCUCGAGGAGGCCAAGGAGACCAUGUUCCAGCGACUGGCACAGCUGGUGCACGCCGCCGGGGAGGCAUUUCGACCCGCCAACGCGACCGACGACGACAUCGCCUUCACCCCUGACGCGGGCAAGCGGCUGGUCGAAGCGGCCACCGACUGCGUCAGGGGCGCCGGGAACUGCUUGGCCAAAGCUCGCCAGGUGCUGGAGUGCGUCGGAGAUUUCGAACUCGACCCACUGCCGCAGGAUGAGGAUCCUGCCGACGCACAGACUCCCCAGCCGCCGCGCACUGCAAAUAAUAAUGAUGAUCAUAAUAAUAAUAAUAGUAGUAAUAAUCUCCUGCCCAUUCCAGACGAGCAGACGCGUCCUCUGCCGCCGCUCCCGGCGGAUGAGAACGUCGGCCCUGCCGAACCCGCUGAUGAGCCGGCCGAACCAUCUACACCCUCUGCGUCCGAACCCACGGUGGAUCAGGCGUCUCCUGUCCCCGUCUCCUCUCCGGCAACCGACAAGUCUUUGAGACGGCAAGUCACCAGCACCGGGAGCAUCGAAACCUUCGACAGCGACCUGGGUGACUCGAAAACGAGUGCCCUCUCUCUCACCUCCACGCGCGCCACCACGCCGGAUAACAACAACAACAACAACAACAGCAGCAGCAGUUCUUCUCCCCCACCUCCUCCCGAGAUCCCGUCGCUCAAGCCCAGCGCCAGUCAAUCCACGCUGGGCGACGAGUACCAUGAGACCGAGGCGGACAUCCUGCAAAAAACGUACGCGCAUGAGCUGAUCUUCCGUGAGGGCAACGUGGUAGGCGGUAGCCUUCGUGCAUUGAUCGAGAAGCUCACGGCGCACGAGUCGCGGCCCGAUUCCAUGUUCGUUUCGGCGUUCUACCUCACCUUCCGUCUGUUCACAACACCGCUGGAUUUUGCCAAGGGCCUCGUAGAUCGCUUCGACUACAUCGGGGACGCGCCGCAUGUGGCCGGCCCCGUUCGCCUGCGCGUCUCCAACGCCUUCAAGAACUGGCUGGAGUCCCACUGGCGCCAUGAAUGCGACCGCGUCGCCUUGGACUACAUCAUUGGUUUUACGCAGUCCAAGCUGAGCCAGCAUCUCCCCACCGCGGCGAAGCGUCUCCGGGAGCUGGCGGAGAAGGUAUCGAUGGUCCGGGGCCCCGUGGUGCCCCGUCUGGUGUCGUCGAUGGGCAAGACCAACACGGCCGUUGCUCAAUACGUGCAUCCGGACACGCCGCUGCCGACACCGGUCAUCGGAAAGCGAGAGUUGAAUCUGCUGCGGCUGUGGCGGAACGGCGAGGCGAAGCCCAGCGUGCUGGACUUUGAUCCGCUGGAAUUGGCGCGGCAGUUCACGCUCAAGGAAUCCAGGAUCUUCUGUUCCAUCCUCCCGGAGGAACUACUGGCGUCGGAGUGGAUGAAGAAGAUGAAUUCGCUCGCUGUCAACGUCCGGGCCAUGUCCACGCUAUCGACUGACCUGGCCCAUCUCGUAGCCGACUCCAUCCUGGAACUGGAAGAGCCCAAGCGACGAGCGGCCGUGGUCAAGCACUGGAUCAAGAUCGCCAACCGCUGCCUCGAACUGAACAAUUACGACUCCCUUAUGGCCAUCAUCUGCUCCCUGAACUCCUCCACCAUCGCCCGCCUCCGCCGCACCUGGGAGCUAGUCCCACACAAACACAAGAGCAUCCUCGAACGCCUCCGCGGCAUCGUUGACGUAUCCCGCAACUACGCCGUGCUCCGCCAAAGACUACAUAACCACGUCCCUCCCUGUCUCCCCUUCGUCGGUACCUAUCUGACGGAUCUCACCUUUGUCGACCAGGGCAACCAGCCCGUCCGCAGCCUGUGCAAGGGUGACGGCCAGAUGGAGGUGAUCAACUUCGACAAAUACAUGAAGACGGCCAAGAUCAUCAGUGAAUUCCAGCGCUUCCAGAUCCCGUACCGUCUUGCCGAAGUCUCCGAACUGCAGACCUGGCUGCAGGAUGAGAUGAUCCGCGUCCGCUCCAGUAGUGAGAUGCAGACUUUUUACCGACGCUCGCUUGUUCUCGAGCCGCGGGAACCUGCGAUGCCGCCGGCGGAAACUACGCCCUCGUUGGAGAGUCAUCGUUUUGACUUUUUUGCUUGGACUCAUCCCAAGGCCAAGUCGAUUACGUCGCAGGGUUGAUCCGGUUGUUUUUGUUUUUGUUUUUGCUUUUUUUGUUUUUUUGUUUUUGCUAUCCUGUCUGUUAUGGUUGUUUGUAUCCCAUGUAUACGGCUGGUACUGGUAGUUAUGACAUGAUUUAUGAUUAUUGGUCGGACUGGUGCUAUGGAUGGUUGUCUAAUUGGUUUUCAGGUUUGUCUCGGUUGGUUUCAUCUGGAUCUGGUCUUUCUACAUUGAUGUACAUGUGCCUUUUUGUUGUUCACUCUUCUUUCGGGGGGUGGCUGUAUGAUUUUUGCUUGCCUAAGGUUGUCUGUCGGGUUACAAAAGCGUGCUAUUGGUGUCGGUAUUGCUGAUAGGCAGUUGCCAUUGUACAUAUCCAUGCUGUAUAGGAAAUUAUAAAUAGCUGAAAGGGUUUGUA